AUGGGAGCCCCAAUCCUCAAUAUGCCGAUGGAGGUUCUUCUCCAGAUCGCUGAACACACCUGGUAUACGGGCCCCUGGUACCUCAGGCCGACUGAAGAUCAUGCAGCCCUCGUUCGAACAUGCCGCGGGCUGUAUCAGACCUUGAAUGCGGAUCUCUACAAGGAAAACAUCAGAUGGUCUUCAACAGCGACGUAUUUGAUCGUUUGGGCCGUCUGCAAUAACCGUCUUGACACUAUUAAGCGCGCCCAUGUGAAUGGAGCAGACCUAAAUAUGGGCCUUGAAUCAUAUACUGAGACCGGGCCCGUUUCGCGGCUGCCUUCUACACUUCAAUCGACCCGUUUCCAUCUAGCAAAAUAUUCUCCCAUCCAUCUUGCAGUCUUGUACGGGAACUCGGAGAUAAUCGCUUAUCUGCUCGAUCAUGGCGCCAAUGUCCAUGCACCAAGCUUUGGACUUUGCACAUGCCAAAAGGUGAGCAAGGACCGUACCUUCGAAGCACAGUACCCUCUCCAUCUCCUCUUUUGCCAUGGAGAUCACCCGAAACGUCUCGAGAUAUUAGAGAAAUUUAUAUCCAAAGGGGCCUAUCUAGUGGCAGAAAACACCUCUGCCAUCCCUCAGCUUGCCAAAAUUACCCGAGGCCAUCUCCUUGGAACACUCACCAAGAGGAAAGAUAAAGAUUCGCUUGCAGGAAUACUGCACCUUGCCAUCCAAAUGCAAGAUUUCUCCUUAGUUACCCAGAUAUUCGAGAGAGCUCUCAAUAAGAGCAUCACUAGAGCUAGAGACUGGGAGGGACGAACUGCCUUGCACUUGGCUGUGAAUUCAUUCGACUGGAAAGAUGAAAUCGUCAGAUUCCUUCUCAAGGACAAUCGCGCAUCAAUCUUCAAGAAGGAUCACAGUGGAAGAACACCUCUACACUACGCGGCCAUGACCAUUUGCAGUCCCAAAUUGGUGGCCCUCCUGUUGCAACACCGGCGCUCCUCGGUCAACACAGCCUCUGCUCACUUUCAGCAGAUAUUUUACGAGAUCUGCGGCCUACGCCACCAGACAAGAAACCGUGUCGAUGUUGCUCAGCAGAUGAUUAAUGUUUGGCUCAAACCUCUCAACGACAUUCGUGCCUAUAAUCACCCGCUCUACUUUGCCCUGCAAACAACUAGCUGGCGCAUGGCGUUGAGGCUCAUUAGAGACGGCAUCGAUCUUCCUAGUUGGGCUUCUCAUUUGCCAAAGCGCGGGGCUGGUGUCAUCUUUCCUUCCCUCAUCGCCUGUCUCUCGAGCUUUCAUCCCGAACAAACCGAAUUCGUUGACGCUAUAGUGCGCACGGGGUGUGACCUGAACCCCCCAGAGUUCCCCUUGAGGCCUGAACUGUGGCCAGUCUUUCUUGUAAUCGUACGCUCCCGAAACAUGGAUGGCUUGAAAGCCUUACUCGACGGCGGAGCUUCAGUCAAAAUCGAGUUCAAGGCUAAGGCAGACACUUCCGGCCCAGAGUAUACCGGUUAUACGGGAAUUCUACUUGCAAUUUUUAGCGAGGUAUUUGGCUGCCCUUUACAGGAUUCCCCAAAUCUUGAAAAGCUGGGCCAAUUUCAUGACUUCAUCGUCUUGCUUCUAGAAAGGGGCGCGCCAAUAGGACGUAACUGGCAAGUUGGCCGGUUCUGGUACCCGAUUACAGCUUUGGACUAUGCCGUUACAGCCGCACGGUUUGGAUGUUUUGAACUCCUGGACUUGAUGUCCAAUCACGCAACGGAGACCAGGAUACGCUCGAAAGAAAUCUCUGCAAGCUUUGCCAAACAACUUAAUUGGAUGGAAAAGGAAAGCAACUCAUAUCGACUCUUAAAAGAGUACCAAGGUCGACUUCAGGCUCGGCUCGGUUUAAAUUAG